GCGUGGCAAUGGUCUCCAGCACGCCGCCAUAUUGGCUGUUGUCCUGUCCAAAGCGUCCAGGUCUGGGCUGUUGACUUUGGGGGGGUUAUUUUGGUGUCGGGGUGGCCCUGUGAGUCCGAGGAGCCGUCUAUAGGAGCGAAAAAUGACCAGGAGGAGGAACAAGCAGGGCAGCACCCGCAGGGAACGUGCAGUGGGCCAGCAGAGGCCGGGGAAAGGCUCUCCUGCUUCUGAUGGAACAGAUACUGAUGCCAGAGAGAGGCUGGAAGAUGUGGGGAAAGGAGGACAGGUAUUGCCUUCUUCAAGUGAGUUUGUACAAACGUGCUGCCUCUUGUGUCACCGGGAAAGGAAAGAUUGGUUGGGUUCAGCGCCUCACAAUGGGGUGCUCUCUGCCAUGGAUGAAAUUCCUGCUUCUUUCAUGCCUUCCUUGGCACAGAACCUUUUGGGUGAAAUGCCGCUAUGGAUUUGUCAGAGCUGCCGGAAAAGCGUGGAGGAAGAGGAGAGACAGGCAAUGCCAGAGCAGCCAUUAGCGGUGUCUCUGUCACACACAUCCUGCAAGUCCCAGUCCUGUGGUGGUGGUUCACACUCUUCAUCUUCCUCCUCAUCUUCCUCCACUUCUUCCUCUUCCUCCUCUUCUUCUUCAUCUUCCUGCCAUGGAAACUCUGGGGACUGGGACCCUAGCUCUUUCCUGUCUGCCCACAAGCUGUCGGGGCUCUGGAACUCUCAGCACUCCAAUGGGAACCUAGGAGGAGAAGAAGCAGCAGGGGAAAAGGGCAGCAGGCUUCCGGCAUCACCGGAGCGUGGUAGCAAGACAUCGAAGCUGUCUGGUUUAAAGGUCUGUCCAUAUAGUCCAUCUGGAACCAGCACAGGAACACUCCCUACCUCACUUAACUUCUGUAAAUCUCCAAAACAGUUCAAAAGCAUGUGUCAUAGGCCAUCAUCCCCAGAUUGUGUUCUUUUAGGGGAAGGCUACCAUUCAGAGCACAAUCAUCAUUCGGAUCCUAGUGCUCCUCCGAAUAGUCCAACUGGACUAGCAUCUCAACCUCCAGUCUCUCCACACAGUCCUCCACACCCAUACCUCUCCUCGCCCAAUACGGCAGCCCCUUUCUCAGCAACAAGCCUAUCGUCUCACACUGCACCCUCUAAAGCCACUGUCUGCCCCUCCACCGGAGCUCACAGAAGUCCUCAUUUACCAGGGUCCAAUCCAUCUCUCCUUAAAGUAAAUCCACCUCCCCCACCACUCUCUGCCUGUAGCCAUCCUUGCAAUGGGCACUGUAAUGGCACAAAUGCACUACAGGGAGGAAGCACACCUGGAACCACCACCAGGGAUGCAACAUGUCGAGGACACAAGUUUUCCAGUGUAUCCGGCUGCUCCAACUUGCAACCCUGUGAGGCAGACGAGGGUCUGGGGGAAGAUGAAGACAGUAGUUCAGAGCGUAGUUCAUGCACUUCUUCGUCUACCAACCAGCGAGAUGGCAAGUUCUGCGACUGCUGCUACUGCGAGUUCUUUGGUCACAACACGCCACCUCCAGCCCCCACAAGUCGAAAUUAUCCAGAGAUGCGUGAAAAACUUAGAUCACGUUUGACCAAGAGGAAAGAAGAGGUCCCACAGAAGCGGCACCCUUCAGAAGAGCAAACAGUGGACCAACGCAAUGUUGAUGAACUUUUAGACUUCAUAAACAAUAGUGAACCCAAGGCAACCAGCACCAAUAAAGCUGCAAAGCGAGCACGCCACAAAUUGAAGAAGAAGGAAAAAGCCCUUCAAGAAGCUGGUACUCAGAAAUCUGACAUCUAUAGUUCAUCUGUAGAAGACACAGAGGCUCCAUCUACAGGAGAGAAGUUACUGCAGUGGCCUCAGCUUGAGUUGGAGCGAGUAAAUAGCUUUUUAACAAGCCGGCUUGAAGAGAUCAAGAAUACCAUCAAAGACUCUAUUAGGGCUAGCUUCAGUGUCUAUGAUCUAAAUCUUGAUGUCAACGAUUUCCCUAAAAAAGCAGCUGUGCUGGAGCAAAAAAACUUGCUUUCCCACCUUAACGGUUCUUCUGAUCUCCAAGAGAUUGAUCUUGACCUGUCCCCCCUUACACUUGGUGUUUCAAAAAACCAGGAUGCAAAACUGACAGAGAAUGAAGUAAAUACUUCCACUCAGUCUACAGAAAAUGGUGUUGUGAAAAGGCUAAGUGCUGUUCCUAAUCUCUCUCGUAUGAUCUGGGUUCAGUCUCAGAAGAACUCCGAAUCUGGGGAAAGUGGGGAUAAAGCUUCUCUCGAUACCCUAGAAAACCAGGUAUUGGAUAGUUGUGAAAAUCAGAGACCCCACGUUCAGCCAGGUGCUUCUCUCUCUGGAGGUCGUACAAAGAAGAGCAAAAAAACAAGCCUCCAAACACGAAAGUGUGAGUCUCAUAUUGGGGAAGGUGCACCACCUAAAAUCAGUACAUCAGGAGCAAAAGCCCAACGCAAGCUUUUACUUGAGAAAAUGGAAGAGACUUCAAAGCAAGGACCAGACACUGUGAAUUCAGUAACUUCCAGGCCAGAAAAAGAGAAAAGUGAGCCAGUUGGAUCUGAAAGGACAGAUGCCAGAGCCACUGCUGGGUCUAAAAGCAAAGCCAAGAAGAGUAGGAAUAAAACGGAUAAACCAAGUGUAUCUGUUGAUGAUGUGUUCCUUCCUAAGGAUGUAGACAGCAUGGAAAUGGAUGAGACCGAUCGAGAAGUAGAAUAUUUCAAGAGGUUCUGUCUGGACUCUGCCAAGCAGACGCGGCAGAAAGUGGCUGUUAACUGGACCAACUUUAGCCUGAAGAAAACCACUUCCAAUGUGGCACAAUGAUGCCUGCACUUCCUACAUUUCUCUUCUAAUGUCACCAGUAAACUUGUUUUAACAAGUUCUCUGACCUCUGGUUCCCCACUGCUCCAUUUUGCACACUUUCACAAGCUGUUUAAGGGUUUUUAAUACUGCGUCUCAACUGCCCUUUUUUUAAUUUGUAUUUUUUUCUAUCACGGCCAACAGCAUUUUAUAGCUCUUGUAUUCAGGUCCUCAUUGUUGGCAUCACACAUGGCAUGAAAUCUGUUUUGCAUCACUCCCUUGCAUUGAAGUGGCAUGGACAAUAAUUGUGUGUUAAGAGAAUGAAUCCCACAUGCCAUAAUGCCUGGAAUGUCUAUGUUCACUAUUUCUCCAUGAAUUUUAAACCCCAGCUUCCUAAGAUGUCAGUAGCGCAUCCACUACACUAGGAUCACACAGGGAACAAUUUAUGAGGAAAAAAUUGUGUAUAUAUAAUUUUUUUCUGCCUGUAAGAUUAGGAGGUUGCGUUAUUUAAUCUAAACACUACAUUGAAAUCACAACAGCUACAUUAUUUGAGCUGCUAGGGUAUUAUUUUUUUUUUUUAAUCAAAUGAGAAACCGUUCCUGCAUCCAGGUCAUAUAGAGAGGCCAGCAGGUAACACUUGCCCCUUUUAUUCCCUGCAACAGGGACUUGCAACAAACCUGUGCACAACCCAUAACAAUAGAAAUGCUUUUGGCAGCUUGAAAGUCUUCAGCCAGUGGAUCUUUUCAUAGUGCUUGGUUCUGCAACUGUUUUGAGUGCAUUUCAUCUUAGAGAGACUUGUAGGGGCUUUUUCUCUUAAGAAGCUGUAGACUUUAAAACUAGGGAGGGGCAGCAGAUGAAAUUGACUGGUAGGAACAACAAAUUUAACAAGCCUCAUCACCACUAUUAAUAUGUUUAUAUCAUCAAAUUUUGUAAUCGGUCUUUGUUCCCUUUUAUAACCUGAAGCAUGCUUUCUACCUAUGUGGGGAGAUGGCCCUUUCUCACAAAGUGUGGUUACACCGAUGUACAGGGAGCUUUAACAAUCUGAACUGCUUUCUACUCCCCUUCCUGAACGCAGGGUUCCAAAAUAUCUGCCAAACUAAUUCAAAUCUCAUUGGAUUUUAGAUACUACAAUAUUCCAUAAACGGGGAACUCAUUAGAAUAUUACUUUUAUGAAGUUAGAGGUGUCUAAAAUUUGGUCAGUCCCCGGUAAGAGGAAUGUAGGAGCAUAAGCCGUCAUUGUUUUUAAUCUAUUAAUCCUUUAAUCCUAUCCUUUUAUCAAGCACUUGCAUCACUUCUGUUCCUCCACUGUGCGUCUUGUGUGAAGCCUUCAGAAGGGUGCAUUGGGGAAGGUACAUUGCCAUUUUAACCAGAGCACCUUUUAAUAGCCCCUCUUCCUCUGCUAUGUGUAUUUCCCAUGCAUUGUCAUUUACCAACCAAAAUAAUGUAUCUGGCUACAGUAGAGCGAGACAGAAAUAAUAUGUCUUAUUUCUUUAUUUUCCUCUGUAUUUUUUUUAAUGUUAUUAUUUUUACCUGACAGCUGGUGCUAUGCUCGAAUACACCAUGGGAUUCUGGACUUUAUAAGCAGCAUAAGCAGGUCCAGUUCUCUGGAUUCGGCAUUGGAUUUUAUUAACGUUCUGUUCGCCAAGUGUAUAUUGGCUUUGCUGUGUUUUUUUGUUUUCAUUUUUUUAUUAUUAUUUACUUUUUAUACUGUGAAAAUCUUUCAUUCAGAAAGAUUAAAAUGACAUUUGACACAGGUGAAACUGGA